AGUUGUGAAAGCGUACGCCGUAAAAUGGCGCCGCUCGUAACCCAAACAAAACAGAAUUUUGAAAUUUGCUCAAAGCGUAAUUGUCAACGACUUUCAAUCCCUCUAACAGUGUUGAAACGACAUUAAAGCAAGUACUCACUCAUAUGUGUAGGCUGUAACAUUUUAUGCAAAUGGAAAUUAGAAACUAUGGAGGGCAAAACAAGUCCAUUGAAAGAAGCAUUAGAGGAAUGGCUCGAACAAAAUUUUUCCAGUGGCUACACAUCAUGCAUCAAAAUUCAUGGCAGACCCAUUCUGCCUCCCCUGAUGUCAGAGGAGCGAAGGAUGGAAAUGCGGCGCUUGAAGGAUAUGGCCCUUGAAGUUGAAAGCAGAUUAGCGCGAAAGAAAAGCAAUGGUGCCCAGGAGGACACUGCUGGUGGAGAGGCCAUGUAUGAAGGAACAGCUGAAGAACUUCACUUUGCCAACUCUUUGCCAACCUCAUUAGUUCCUAAUUCGAACGAAGUCAGUGAAUCAGCACAGGCGCUUGAUAUCAAAAUUAGUUGUGAUGAAGAUAUAUCAAAAACAAGUACUGACAUGUUGAAAGAGUUUGAUCCUUUGGCUGAAGCCAAUGUGAGAAGUUCAACUGCAUCACCAUCUCCUCCACUUUUUAACAUAAAUGUGGCAGAAAUUUCUAAGAAGAUUCCUCUUGUGGAUGUGUAUAGCUCUAAACCCAAUAGUGCUGAAAACUCUGUAGCUUUGUCAUGCAGCACAGAUCUCAAUCAGUACAUGGACAUCACAGAAGGCAGUGUGGACAUGUCAAUUCCUUGUUUUGAUAUUGAUGUAAAAUCUUCUGGUGGAUCAAGAGUGACUACUCCCAGCACCAUUGGUCGAAAUUCAGCUGAUGACAAAUCCCAUUCAUCUGUUCCGUGGAGAGAGGGGAAGACAACUUAUGAAGACUUGAAUAAUUACCUCGACAGUUUAUUACAUAAUUGUGGAGGUUCAAAAAACAAACAACUUAAGGAUAGAAAUCAAAAUGUUGUACCAACCACAACAUCACCUGAGACUAGUCAGAGUACAAUUUCUCCACCCAGUCUCCCUCUAAGUUCAAAUCUCUACAGUAAUGAUCCUCCACCUUUGAUAAGCCCUCAAGGAAGCCUCCAAACAAAGAUUGUUGCUGAUAAUAAUUUUGUUUCUCCUAAAAAAAAUAUGUCGCAUUUGGAGCCCACGUCAAAUUUUUUCCAAAACUGUGCCUUGUCUCCUGUUGUACGGGGUGACUUGCAAAAUUCUUAUGAGUCAAAAGUUCAAUCUUAUCUCCAAAAUUUAAUGGUUGAUGGAGGCAGUGUUGAAGGACUUUAUCAAGAAAAAUCAUCUCAGCAGCCUCACAGUCUUCAGGAAAAUUUGAAUUCCCAAAGUGUGAUGGAUAGAAAUCCACCCCAGGGGAACACAGAAGCAAAUGGUAAUGGAUUUGCUCAAGCACCACCUCGCCUGGUGAGAAGCAAUUCAUAUACUCUAGACUCUCCAAGUCCUAUGUUACUGGCUCACAUGGAAGCUGAAUUGAAGAAGAAUGUUAGAAAUGAAACAGGGAUAGACCAAGCUUCCGCAUCUCUCAAUCCAGGACCAGCCCGUAGAGUAUGGGAUGUGGAUUCAACAAAAAAUAUGCCCAAUUGGUCUACCAGGAUUGUAUCAAAUGCUGACUCAAAAGUACUAUCUCCAAAAAAAUCAUUCCUUAGAAGUAUGUCUGCCCAACCAACGUCUUCCCAUAGUAUUGAGAACACUGAAAUACUUGUAGAUGCUUCUCAAAAGCAAAUAAAAUGCAAGUCUUCAAAUUCUCCUAAAUCCAGGAAAAAUCUAGGACCAUUGCCACAUCAAGAUAAUAAAGACAUAGUUCAAGGAAGCAAUGUGCAUGCAACAUCUUCUUUGCCAGUCAAUGAUGAGUCCAAGGACAGAGUACGGGCACUGCUUUUGCAGCUUCAGCUCCAACACAAUCAAGAAAUGGAGGAAUUAAUUAACCGACAGCGAAAAGAGAAGGAAUCCAUCAGAUUGGCUUUGCUUGAAGAACAGAGAGCCAGUGUCAUGAGGGCUGUGGAAGAGUCCUCUGCUACUUUUCAAACUUCUCAAGCUUCUAGUAAUCCUCCUGCUAAUCCAAGUCAGUCACCGCCUACUAAAGACAGUUUGCCCUUGGUCGAACGAAGGAAUACCUCUCCAUCUAUCUACAAUAAGGAAAUCCCCGAGCAACUGCAAAGUUGCCUUGGUCAAUAUAGUAAAAGCUCAUCAAUAUCAUUGGCUGAUGUUACCAGCUCUAUUGAGCAUGCCAAACUGAUAGAUCUUGAUAGCAAUGGUGGAGGUGUCCAGAAUACCUCAACCUUGCAAGGGCUUUGCACUAGUCAAACUAUGCCACCUAACAUCUGCAGUGCUCCCUCUUAUAUGAUAUCAAGUUUUCCUCCAUGUGAUGGACCUGUGGUCCAGCAGGAGAGUAUGACAUUCAGCCUACCUCCGGAAAUCCUCUCGUUGUACUUUGCCAACAAUGAAUUGGAUUCUAAUGUUAUUUCUAGCAAAGGGCAAUCAUUACCUCUGAACAAGCCAAUUCCAGUACCUAAAGAAAUUGUUACUGCUCCACAAAAUAGUAUGCCCUCUGCUUUUACAUCAAACCCCUCAAGUGGAAGCCCAAAGAAUAAACGCCGAUCUUGGUGCAGUCGGCAGUUAUUCCCUGAUGAUAUUUCUCAAAAUCAUCCAGACUGGGUUGUGCAAACAUAUGAGAUUCAAGCUGCCACUAAAAUUCAGGCUGGAGUGCGUGGGUAUCUAACAAGAAGGUUGUUGAAGACCGAAAGGGUUCAAAAUUGCAUUACCACUAUUAGAGACACUAUUGUGUGUGCCUUGCAACUUCAGAGAGACUGUGCCCCUCAUGUUGAACCGAGUGAUCUCCAAUUGCAUGGCAGAUUGAUACAACAG